AUAUCCGCAGCCACAAUUAGUCAGUUCAAAUUAAAGUAUGAGUUUAAUUAAAUCUGAUAGGAUAAGCCUCAAAUGAGGAAUUUGCAUUUUUCUGUAAAUGAAAAAUGGACUUGGUAGUGCUGCCUUGACCACCUAAAACACUGAAAUGUUCAAGAAAUGGGAAUCCAUUUAUAAUUAAUCAUAACUGCUUAAAUUUUUUUCUUUUAAAUCAAGUUUUGAAAACAUGUCAAACGCGAAUAAUUGACUUUUUGAAUGUUCGAUCUUCACUUCAGUGGAAUACAUUGUACAUUGUUUUCAUAGGGGAUUCUGAUGGACUUUGUCAUAUCAGCUGCUACCUUUCAAGUGUUUGGAUUCUGCCAGAAACAAGCUUCUACAGUACAAAUUUUCUCAUUUACAAGAAAACUUUACCUUCUUUUUUUCAUGAAUUUUACAUUCAAAUAUUCGAAAUCGAAAAGCAAUCGAAUACUCGAUAAGGGAUGGAAUAUUUGGAAAUUUGGAACAGCCCUAAUUCAUUCAAGGCGCACACAAAAUUAACAGGAGGAAAAUAUUGGUCUUUGAAUGUUUUAAAUGCAUUGCUUUAAUUUGUUCACCGUUUUUUUGAGCUUCCACUUUUUAAACUAUUAAAUGACUUUAUGUUUUGGGUCUCGUUAAUAUAUAUUUUCACCUAUUGGAGUAGCUAGGCCAUAUUUUGUAUGUAAAAAGACUGAUUGGCGGGGUGAUGCCGACAGCAAUUGUCUGUGGUUCCGUUUUUCUCCGUUAGACAACUCUCUGCAUAUAUCAUUUGAUCUUGAGGACACAGGAGAUGCUUGAGCACAUGGUAAUUGGUUUCGCAAGACAAAUUAAUAUGGCGACCAAAAUUUCAAAUUGAUUGCCAUAACAACGAAUAAGAACUUGCAACUAAAAUUUAAAAAACACGCCACUGAAUGGAACUAUGCACCAUGUUUUUCAGUGAGCAGUAAAAAGAACAUAUAGCAUACGAGGAAAUAUAAACGAGUUACUACUUUGUUCGUGAUUGCCAGUGUACAAAAGCAAUAGUACAAGUGUUGAAAAGGAUUGAAAUAUGUUAUCUAAAGGGAUUUUGCGUUUUAAGUUUGUUUAUUUGAGCUAUGACCUUAAAAGCAAGGUGUAGUUCCAGUUUGAAACCAAAUACUUUAAACAGUUGGACAUUGUUAUUCACUAGGCCCGGGAAUUUGACUUUAAACGUUUUUUUUGCCGACUUCUGGAAGUGCAAUGCUUUGAAGUUGAAACAAAAAUUGCUUCAUAAAAUCUUCGCUGGGCGUAUUUUUGUGAAGCCCCUUUUUUCCAAACUGUGAUCAGUGGCUUGUUGACGGGGGCUCUCAACUCGCUGUUUGGGUGCUAAAAACCUCCAGAUUUACUCCUUACAUCCCACAGUUCGAAUUUGACCCCACCGAUAAUAGUAUACGAGUGUUAUGAAAACUUCCUGUUACUCCCCAAGUGAAGGUUAUCUGCAUUCGCUGCUGUAUUAGGGCCUUUAAGUUGUAGUCCAUCACACGAUCCAAGAACCAGAACACAAUUUUGUUGAUCUACUUUGCAGAAAAUCUUACCCCCCCCCCAAAAAAAAUCUCCAGUUUCUGGUCAGUGCGCGCCGCGCGUCGCCGUAGACCCGUGCCUGCGUGUCGGCAAAAUAAACAAGUUUUUAAUAAGGUAUAAUAUACGAUAUCCAAAAGCUGCCAAACUUGCUUGAUAGACUGGAACCCUGCUGCUGCGUAAUUUUAACGUCUUUUAGAUGGGGCCCGAUUGAGUAAUAUAUACAGUAAAGAGUCCCCCUAGGCUUCAUAUAUUAAAAGUCAGUCACUCUUUUUCAGAUGACGCCAGUCCUGUAUUAGAAACCUGCUGUUUGAGUGAGAAGAACACUGAGAAUAUUGCCCCCAAAACAAGUUGUCAGUUCUUGUUAUAUUUUUGGUCUUUUUGUUGGUGCUAACUUAUUUAUUCACACUUCUCAUAGUAGCAAGGCCAUAUGUUCUAAAGCACGUAUGAGGGAAAAAACGCGUCGUAGCACCACUUGGAGCCAGCCCCUGACCAGAGACUGGAAAGGUUUUGGGGCCUUUAUGCACAAAAGCAAACGUAACUUUGCAGAGCAUCAGCCAAUUAAAAGCAACACACCACGUCAAGACUUUGGGGCUUGUAACAUUUUUGUUGUGCAAAUAAUUAUUUCAGUGCUAGACAAAAUUUCUUUGCGUAGUAUAUAUAGCCAUGAAUUUGGUUUCAGGUCGAUGCGUCCCUUUAAGUACCGGUACAGUUGAUAACCACUGCAAUCUUACCCGGGGGAAAUGUGUUGUUUUAUUUCCUGCAGCUCGACGUGUAUAAUUAAUGGAAAGUUUCACUUUCCUUUUAAUGUUUUGCACAGUGCGAAUUGAUAUAUAGAUCUCCCUUCACUAAGAGCUCUUGCAUAAACAGUUACUCCAAGGUUUGGUGCAUUCGUUUGUUUCAUUUAGUUUUUAGAUUAUGCUCGUUUAGCUUCCGUAUAGAGCUGACACACCACUCUAAUUGGUGAUCUUAGUCAGGGUCAUACAUUGAAAUGUAAUCUCUCUGAAAAGUUGUUAAAACUGGGCAGUCGUUAAUGUAGAUUGGUAGCCAACGCGCCACGUUUUUGCCUGUGAAUAGACUGGUAAAAUCACCGAUGGACAACUAUAAGUUGCCUGUGCUCUUGAACUUAGUGCAGUUUCCUUCUUUCCCCUUGACUAAAUACAGAGCUCCUCCUCGUGUUGCUGUGGGGCGUCCUUGUGAAUUUGUGACAAGUUCCUUAUCUUCUGGAGUCUGAACAAAUCAAAGUGAUCCACACACUGCAUCGAGGGUGCUCAUCAUGGCAAGAGAUAACACCGUGAAGGGACUUUUUCUGCUUCUCCAAGUUCUUCUGGUGUCUCACCGUGAACCCGUGCUGGCUGUGUCAGACACGGAAAGCGGCAAUCCACCGAGGAACUACGAAGGCUGUCUUCAGGGGUGUUUUAAUAAUACAGACGUCUCAUGUGUCGGCUAUGGACUUACGACCAUCCCGGAUACUCUGGAAUGUAAGAAAGCUAUGAUCUUGGACCUGAAGCGAAACCGCAUUAAGCAGCUUCCCACGGGAGUCUUUUCUGGGUUCAGGGAAUUGGUGAUCCUCUUGCUGAGCGGUAAUGAGAUAGUAGAUAUCCCCUUGGGGGUCUUUAGUGACCUAGAGAAUCUGCAGUCGUUGUAUAUUGACAAAAACAAUCUCACCAGCCUUCGCGAGGGUGUAUUUCGAAACCUGACGAACUUGCACAAUCGGCUGUUGCUUACAGCAAACCAGAUUACCGAGAUCACCACCGGUGUGUUUGAAACCCUGAGUCUCGUCAAAACUUUGGCUAUAGAGGAGAAUCGGAUCACUUCCAUCCAGGCUGGCGCCUUCCGAGGCAUGAACAGUCUUGUCAAUUUGGUUCUGAAGAAGAAUGUCAUCUCCAGAAUCGCCAGUGAGACAUUUUCGGGACUGGGUACGUUGGAAGUCCUCGACCUGAGCGAGAACCGCAUCGAAGCCCUCGACAGCGACGCUUUCUCUGAAUUAUCAAACCUGAAGCAGCUCAAACUCAACUCAAACCGCAUCACUUCCGUGGCACCAAUUGUAGGCAUGCCACAACUGAACCGUUUAACGCUUGCAGACAAUGAAAUACAGUCAGUCGGAGACAACCUUUUUCUUUUGAGGAGGUUAGAAAAGCGAGACAUCACUGUUACGUUCGAGCAGAACCCACUUAGCUGCAACUGCUCCACUGAAUCCCUGAGGUUGUGGUACAAGAAUCACGAAUCAACCGGUGAAGAACAGGCAACUUGUCGGGCACCCGAGGAUUACGCUGGUAGAGCUCUCGUAGACAUCGAAUCACCUCUUCCUUGUGAUCAGCCAGCCAAGCCGGUCAGCACAAAUGACCCUUCGAACAAUGCUCGAAGUCCAAACGCUUUGCCUGACACUUCCACGUCCAUUUUUACCAUAGUUAGUGUUGGCCUGAUCAUCCUCAUCGUUUGCGUUUUCGUGCUGAUGAGAAGACACAGACGAAAAAUGAGACAGAAAGCUGAGAACGACGACGAGAAAGAGAACCAGACAGCGGAUGGUUACAGCACUUUUGUGUCUGACAACGCAGACGAAACUAGAAACACCCUUAUAGGAUCGAACACCCACACCGAGCCUUACCCGGCCCCAAAUGUCAACGGACAUAUUUUUCUAGACACGGAACCGCGGGAGAAAUCUUCCUAUCUCCCUGUGACUGGCCAGUAUCUGCACGUGGAGGAGCUCAAUCAUCCUUCCGAGUCGUCAUUCGAUACAAACAAGCCACAGCCGGCGCCCAAGGCACCGUCCUCUAUGCCUCCUCCCCCGCCGGUUUCACCAGUCUCGCCGGUGUCAUCGGUCUCGCCGGUCUCGUCGUCGUCUCUGCAGCCCGACGUCGUGUGCAGCCUUGACGUUGACGAAAGGGGGGAAACGGUCAUCACUUUGGGUCCGAUGUUUACUGAGGAUGACGAGUCAGAUCAUUUCGAGCAACCACCUCAAGAAGUCAUUUAUGCCAAACUGGACCACUCGAAACAGGCCCCUGAUAGCCCCUGUUAUUACAGAGGCUACAUAGCACCGCAUAACUUGGUGGAAUGUAGGACGUAGAACAAGUUGAACAAAAAUUAAACGUAGAAAAUGUCUGUCAAGAGAAGCAAAGUUGUGAGAGUGACACUUCAUCAGACUUACGAAAGCGUAUGACAUCUUCUUGUGCUUAUUACAGAGUAGUGAUUAACCCGUAAAAUCACUUUACUGGAAAAGUUAUUCAAUGUCUGUAUCAUAGCAGUUGUAAAAAAUAAAACUGUCAUAUGUGCCCCUUUUCUUUUAACGUGACACAUUGUAAAAUAAUUUAGCAAUUUUUGUGGGGAAAGGAACCAAGGCAAAGGGCUUUUGUUGGUAUUAGUAAUCUUCGAGCCUUAACUUUUCUUGAUAUUCACAUUCAAACUGCAUUUAUUGUGUGUUGUAUAUGGUUCGAGUAUUUUCAGGUGUAUGGAUUUUUUAUACUAGUUUUAGACAAUGUUUGGAUAACAACAAUGUCCAUACUUUCUAAAAUCUUAAUUAUUACUAGACAUCAAUCAUUUUAUUUCCCCAGACAUCACUUUAGUUUUGCAAUUACUUCUUGUUAGGGCCCAGGGCUGUGUAGUUUAUGCAGGUUACGGUCCUAUGUGACCAUGGUAAAUUUGUGUUUGAUAUUGAACAUUAUUUUGUACUUAGAAAAAAGUAAUCGGUUAAUCGAUAAUUAGCCAUGCUUUGCUGUGAAUUUGCCAUGGAGUGCUCAAGUUUUAGCUUCGGUUUGGGGUAGCACGAGUGUCCGGGCAAGCCAGUUGGGGCUAUAGCGGUCAUUUCCUCUUUCCGUUCGAGUGAUUGCUGCACCUGAAAUUUUCGGACGCAGCCAUAGCCGAUGAUUAGCUAUUUUUGUGCUUACGCCUCGGUUUAUAGGCCUUUACCACUUCGCGGCAGCAGCUGCAGCCUUAGAAUACAGUAGUUCUGUAGGCUUUUGUCAGUCGUAAUUUCGUAGUCAAGUGCUUAUAAUAGAUGUAGCUGUAACUCUGGCUGUCCUUACAUACUUGACCUUUGAUCUAUAUUUUUAUUUUAGGUGUCACAUAACACACAAGAAGUUGGUUUUUCUGCCAAAAUGAAUACCGUAGCCGAUAUAACUCAAUAAAUGAGUUCUAUUAAUAGCUAAUGAGGUACUAGAAUUUUGAUCAGUAAUUUCUUUACACUUUCAAACUUUACGCCACUUUUGUUAGGUUUCCUGUAAAAUCCAUUUCUUCCCAACAAAAUACAGGUUAGUCCCAUACUGGCCAUGAUCCUGGCCGCUAGCGGACAUAAGGCUUUUGAGAGCCAUUUUCUUUCGUCAUCGCAGUCCUGGGAAAAUGGUUUUAAUGUCUUGAAAAGAAAUUAUUCAUUAUACCUUGUGGUUUUACUCCGCUGUNAAAAAACAAACAAACUGCAGAGCCAUGAAUUAGAGAAAUAAAAAAGAGGAGAAUCCAAGUGAAACA